AUGGCCAAGAACGGCAAGUUCAAUCCAUUUCCUGAUCCCAAGAAGGGAGUGAGGCGCAUGAUCCAAAAGAAGCCGUCAUGCAAAAAGUCUACGUCUUGGAUGAAGAUUCCAUACGUCAAGGACAAUACGAAGGGUGGCUAUGUUCGAAAGGAGCAAACAAAGUGGCGACGAUGCAUCCAGGAACUUCCGCAUGCAACCGAUCGCGAGAUCCUCCAGAUCCUCAUCCAAGAUGGUCUUCUACCAGACCGGAAAGGUUCCGUAUGUCCUCAUUGCCAAGCUGGAACACUAAGUGCUCUCACCACCAACGGUCGCGACGACAUUCUCCGAUAUCGCUGCAGCCGCAAGGGCUGCCAGUGGUAUUUUCUUCCUCAACAUCUACAUCCCAUCUAUACUGCCACGAAGGGACCCGAAGGCCAUGCAUUACAAGUUCAAGCAGCUGCACUACUACUCCGUCUGCUCAACACCUCGUCCAUCCACAUCUUGACGCACAUCAACCACAAAGCCCUGGAGAAAAUGAGCCGCAACCUGAUGAUCACACGCAAAGGUUAUGUCCAGCAGGAGGAGAAAAAGAUCAAGUUCGGAGGUUGCCCUCGUGCCUGGAAGGAGGUUGAGGACAAGGAGGACGACGGCAAGCCUGCUCUUUGGGAGCAAUGGGGAGCAAUCAUACAACGAGGCAAUCCAAAGACCCUGGUCCUCACAAAGCUCAAUCCCGCGAUGACUGUCCCCAGAGCCCCGGGCCCAGGUGCCAUCCGGAAGGCCGACUGGAAACCACUCGCGACACGACUCCUGAAGAACCGCCAGGUGAUCUUGCACACGGACUCGGCUCGAUCCUACCGCAUGAAGCUGCCGGGAGUUGUCCAUGAUGCCGUCGUCCACAAGAAACGCAAAGUCAAGAAGAACAAUAAGUGGAUGUGGCUGAAGCCUACUUUCGUGCGAAUUUCCAAGCAUAA